CUGUUUUAUUAACCUCUCCCCACUCUAAUUUAAAAUUAAAAAUGAUUCAACACGGAGUCUUUGCUGUUGCCGAACACGCCGUUACCACAGCUUCUGCUUCUUCUGCCAAUGAAGCUAGAAGCCGUGCUUUGGCUCUUUACAGAAAAUGGCAAAAAUCAGUCCCUGAAAUGAUGAAGCUUCAUGAAAUCAACUUGCCUAGUUCAGCCAUUCGUGCAAAGAUCCGUGAAGAAUUCGAAAGACAUCGCAAUGUUGAAAAGCUCGAAGUUCGUGACAUUUUGUUCGCUAAGGGUCAAAUGGAAUACCAAGAAGUCAUGAACGUCUGGAAACAAAACAACCACAUUAUGAACUACUUUGCUAAAGAUGAAGCACCACCCAAACCAACAACUUUCUUGGAUAAAUUUUAUGAAGGAAGAUCUUAGAUUCCUAAAAACAACAUUCGGCAAAAUAAAUUAUAUCUUUUAUUAUUUGAAAAUGAAG